AUGAAAAAUCUCGGUCUCUUUGCUCUUUUCGGUCUUUUGGCAGCAAUUCAAAUCAAUGCACAAUGUUCUUGUGAACCCACAGAUGCUGAUUGUUUGUCAGAAUGCAUUGGAUCUACUCAAAGCUGUUUAUCUGGUUGUGAUGAUAAUGAUUGUUAUGAUGGAUGUAUUUCACAACAUUGGCCCGGUGCAACACCCAAGGAAACACAAAGUGCUACUGAAGCAUCCAUCACUGCCCAGGCAUCAGCUACUGUUUCAGGUACUUCAUUACCUAGUGCCACCGCUAGUAGUGAUGCAUCCUCGAGUGCUACUGAAUCCAUCUCUGCAUCCGCAACAAGAAGUGAAAGUAGCAGUAUCACUGCCUCUCUUUCAUCCGCCACAAGUGCUUCUGUCAGUCUUAGUUCUUUAUCAUCAUUAGCAUCAUCAUCAUCAUUAUCAUCCUUCUCUCCUUCAUCCAUCUUACCUUCUUCCACUCUUCGUCCAUCCUUGUCAUCCAGUAGUCUGACUCCCGCUGCUUCUUCCACUGUAUCACCCUCUGCUGCUGAUACUUUGCAUGUCCAAUGGCUAUCCUCUUUAUUUGCCAUUAUUGCUAUUACUGCUUGGUUCUACUAAGUUUCUAUCUAUAAAUUACCUUUUUCUUUCUUUC